AUGGCUAGAGCUAUUGUUUCUUCUGUUUUAAAUAAUGAAUCUUCUCAUAUUCCAUUCUUAAACGGAGAUAAUUUUUCGGACUGGAAAGACAAAAUUCUCUUGACAUUAGGGUGCACAGACCUAGACUUUGCAUUGCGUGUGGAGGAACCACUCGUGCCCACUGAAACAAGUUCGUUAGUAGAAAAAACUACAUAUGAAAAGUGGAAGCGGUCAAACCGAUUAAGUCUAAUGCUCAUUAAGUCACAUAUUAGUAAGAGCAUUAGAGGUUCAAUUCCUCCAUGUGAUAAGGUAAAGGACUACUUAAAGGCCAUUGAAGAACAAUUUGUCAGUUCUGAUAAGGCAUUAGCUAGCACUCUAAUGAACAAGUUGUCAAUUAUGAAACAUGACAAAUUUAGGAGUGUGCGUGAGCACAUAACUGAGAUGAGGGACAUUGCUGCACAACUUAAGUCCUUAGAAAUUGAGAUUUCAGAGUCAUUCCUUGUCCAUUUCAUACUCAAUUCUCUCCCUGCUGAAUAUGGACCAUUUAAGAUUUCUUACAACACACAUAAGGAAAAGUGGUCCAUUAAUGAACUUUUAACAAUGCGUGUACAAGAAGAUGAGAGGUUGACACAUGAAAAUUGGAGAGUGCACAUUUUAUGA